AUGCAACUUGUAAUAGCCUCAGAUUCUGGUUACCGUGACUCCUUUGAAUCCACAGGGAGCACUGGUACAUUUGGUCCGCCCCCAAGUCAACCCAGAAUUGUGAUAUCACCUUCGCAGUUGGAGUGGGGUGGCGCUAUGCAGAUGAUUACAAGUUCUCAGAUCAUGGAAGUCCUUCACCGUUUGGAUGCCAAGGUUGACCGUUUGGAAUCCAAGAUUAACCAAUUGGAUGCCAAGGUUGACCGUAAACAAGACGAACUAGAUGAAAAACUGACUACCCAUGGAACCAAGUUGUUGAAGUUGAGGAAUGCCGCUGAGGACCACAAUAAGAUAAUCUCCUCAGAAAUCAAGACGUUGCAGCAAGAAAUGCAGGGGAUGGAGAAGCGUCUGAUAGAUAGGAUUGACGAAUCGACCACAUCCCAGAAGACUGGGCUUGAUGAAUUGGUUGAGUCGCAGAAGACCAACUUCGAUAGACUCUUUGCUUUUCAAACAAUAACUCACGUUUGCUAUAGUCAUGGUCUUCAUUCAAAGCUGUUGUACUAG